AUGGCCUCUACUGUUGUCCUCAUAACCGGCGCCAACCGCGGCAUUGGCAAAGGUAUCUUGGAACUGUAUUUGAAGAAGCCCAACCACUUCGUAAUCGCGGCGAACCGUGACCCAAGCCACCCAACCUCGAAUGCCUUGGCUGAUCUUCCCAAGGCUGAAGACACUACGUUGGAGAUUAUCAAGAUCGAUGCUCUCUCCCCAAGUGACCCCGCUGCGGCAGCAAAGGCAUUAGCUGCCAAGGGAGUUACUCACAUCGACAUCCUAGUCGCCAACGCCGGUAUCGCUCUUUCAUGGCCAAAGGUGUCGGACGUCAAAGUGGAGGAUAUUGAGAAGCACAUUGAUGUCAAUGUGUAUGGUUUCAUUCAUCUCUACCAGGCUUUCCGAUCCCUCCUCAAGGAAGCUCAGGCUCCCAUGAACUUUGUCCCCAUGCAAAAUGCUGCAUAUGCUCCCACCAAAGCUGUUCAGCACUGGUACACCAAGGCAAUCUCCGUUGAAGAUCCUUGGUUGAAUGCCUUCCCCGUGGACCCAGGCUGGGUUCAGACUGAUCUCGGUAACCGAGGUGCCGACGCUUUUGGGUUUGAGAAAGCCGCCGUUACCGUGGAAGACAGUGCUGCCGGUGUAGUUAAAGUCAUUGACGUGUCUACACUGCAGACCCACAGUGGGAAAUUGUUCAACUUUUAUGGAAAUGAGGAGCCUUGGUAG